GGAUUACUCACUUGCGUGUUUCCAUUUUUCUGGUGUCUUGCAAGAUCUUGGACACUUCCGGGCGCGGUCGAAGCUUUACAGCGGACAAAGGCCACCCUCCAGCUCUGUUUUUGACAGGUGUGAGGGUUUCGCCUUAGGUCUACAGCUGUUGCGUGGGUCGUAGUGAUGCGCUGCUUGCCUUUGCGGCCUCGCACAAGACGCAAGUUAGAGUCCGGGUCUUUGAAGUCUUGAAGCCAUGGCAUGGCAGGAAAGGGAGCUUGCAAGAUACUCUAGCUCGCUCUAUGGGCGAGGUACAUUUGUUCGACGUCGCGCAGGGCAAGAAGGUCAAAGUAUUCAAGGAAAGCCAUACUGACGUGGUCAACCACGUAUGCUUCCAUCCUCAGACCGGCCAGCUUUUCACGGCAGCAGAGGACAACCUGGUUGUUGUUCUCGACGCUGAAAAGCCCCGAGGGGACAAAGCCAUGUUAAAAAUCGUCCAUCGUGAUGAAGAAGAGUGUGGUGCUGGAAGCCGAGCGGCUGGUUGAUGAAGCUGUCAGCCCAGCGUUCGACCGGGUCGACAAACAAGUUCACAGGUUCAGCCAGAAGAAGCCUUGCCCAAACGGCGCCCGCCGGGGCGAGGCAGAGGCGAACGCGCUCUGUGCUUGACUUGAUGCCAAGGAGCAAAAGUGUGCCGCGAAACCGACAGAGGAGCGACAGAGAGAG